CUCUUGUAAUAACAAGGUGGAAAGGAUCGGAAAAUGAGUUUGACAGCUAAGGAUAAAGAUGUGGUCAAGGCCUUCUGGGGUAAAAUCUCUAGUAAGGCCGACGCCAUAGGCCAAGAAGCUCUGGGAAGAAAUGCGAUGGCAGCCAUCACUGAUGCUGUGGUCAAAAUGGAUGAUCUUAUUGGUGGACUGAGCUCCUUGAGUGAUCUCCAUGCCAAGGUUCACCUAGAUCCAGUAAACUUCAAGAUUCUGUCCCAUAACAUCCUCGUGACUCUUGCAGUUCAUUUCCCCGCUGACUUCACCGCAGAAGUGCACGUGGCCGUGGACAAGUUCCUUGCGGCUCUGUCUGCAGCCCUCGCUGAUAAAUACAGAUAAACUCAUCAUUCCGGGGCUUCUCGUGCAUCUGCAUACAGAGGCACUUCAAAU